AAUGGUCCUCUCACUCAACAGCGGUAGGAAUACGGGACUUCGAUAAAAAAAAAUUACACAACCGUGUUUCCUAACAGAGCCAUGCAUUUCAACUCUGACCUCUGACGUCACAUUGAUGCUACGCAAAUAACAUUUUACAGUUGUACUAUUUAAAACAUUUGUAAAAUAAAACAAAAAUGUAUUGAUACUUGUGGAUAAAAACCCAUAUUCAAUCAACUAUUUCUAUGAUUGAUAUUUCACCAGGACGACUAAUCGAUCACAGAUAGGGCAAAACAGAUGAGCAUGGCCGAUGUCCGAAUGAAGAUUGAAUCUUGACUACUAGUGAAGGCUGAAACGGUGGAGAGUUGACGCACACAUAUAACAAGGAGCUAGUUAUACAAAUCUUUGGUUGACGGGUAGGUAAACACGGAAGUCGAAACUUGAAAUAGCUUAAAAGUCUGGUAUUUGUCGACAUAUACUGUGUGAAUUGAUUUUGAGUACACCAGUCUGGCAUUUCGUGGAAACAAUCUAUUUAUCACCCUCCCUGUGUGUGUGUGUGUGUGUGUGUGUGUGUGUGUGUGUGUGUGUGUAGGAUGGCAGAGGGCUUUUUGAUGGAGGUGUGUGUGGACAGUGUGGAGUCUGCCAUCAACGCCGAGGGGGGAGGUAGGCUACGCUGCUAUAGUGUAAACUAACCUCCCCUAAGUGAAGCCGUCUGUAUCCAGUCACCUUUCGCUGACUUUAGACCAGGACUCUCCCAUACUGUUCCUGGAGAGAUACCCUCCUGUAGGUUUUCAAUCCAACCCCAGCUGUAUCUAACCUGAUUCAUCUUAUCAACCAGCUAAUUAUUUUAAUCAGGUGCAUUAGAUUAGAGUUGGGGCUGCGCUUGCCGAAGAGGAGUAGACUUGUGACGCUGAAAACAGUUUGUUAAAUGUUAUUUGCCUCAUCAAAAAUAUGACAAGGCUGGCCUGUGUUUGAGUGUGAGAAAGGGCUUGACAACGCGCUCGGGUUGGAAAUGGCAGCGAGUAGUGUGGACGAAAUGGAGAAAAGGUUGGAGAAGCAACAGCUGUGCUGGAAUGCGAACAAUAUGGGUGUCAGUUCUGAUGAUAUGGAGAGGGAGGAUUAGGAUCAAGGAAACUGAAUGGUCUGGAGUGGAAAGACAUAGGAAGAAGAGUGAUCAUAAAGAGGGCCAAAGUAGGAAGCAAGAGUGUGACCGGACCUUCUCAAAUACUAUUUGAGUAACCCUUCUUUAGACCAUAAAAAUGAUAGAGCCAAAAGCAAAGUGAUAUACUGUCCUUUAUUCCGCAAUGGUGAACAUUGCUUCCCUUUAUUUCAUAACACACUAUCCUGCUCAAAGGUCACUUUCAAAUAACAUAUGUCUGUGGGUGUUCCUCAAUAUACAUACUACCGUGCUUCGAGCACGGGAGCGUCGGAGCAUGAGGGUCAGGGUCAGGGGAUGUUGACGGUCAGGGGAGACGGGCCGAUGGAUACGUUUGCCAAUUAUCCAAAAUCCAGAUGUGCACUAAAAUCCAGUUUGGUUUCGUUCUCCACGGAUCAGUUUGGCCAAAUCAAAGUAUGCGAAACGGAGCCACGGAGGGCGCUUCUCGUUCGCGUACUCCGUUUGUACAUAUUUUGAAGCAUGCAUCCGUGCAAGCUUCAACGGAAAGUAUGCACAGAAAUAUGAUGUACCUACGUAAAAAAAAAACAAUGCAACAUUUAUUGAAAUCAAUAGUCGACAUUAUUUGAUCCGAAGUGAGAGAAAAUAAACUGACUUCGGAAUGAAAUGUUGGCCAUUCACAUAUCAUAUAUUGCCUGACUACAACAUUGUAUCGUGAUACGUUGAUGAAUGUAUACUGUGUUAAUUUUGGCAUUACCCACUGACGUGUGCGUAGAUCGAAAGCCCAGUAAGUCAAUAGGGCUAACUGGCUAGCUAGCUACGAAGAAUUGGUAGCUAGCUACCCACAAAGAAUUGACAGCUAGUCAUUGACCUUGCGUAACAUUAGUUUAAAGUAGAGUUUGCCUGUUAAUAAACUAGCUGGCUACCUAAAAUAUUUUCAAUUCACAUUUAGCUAGCUGAUCAUUUUGAAGUUAAACGUUUGCUUUGUGUAUAUCUUGUUUUGUCUUGCCAUUAUCCUGGCUGGAAGAAGGUUCAGUGAAUGGGGAUGUACAGCGUUAGCUAAUACAGUAGGGGGAGUGAUAGUGGAUGCUCAAUGUAAUAUUUUAUGCGUUCUCCACUCUCUCGUCCUCACAAGAACGUACUCACGAGAACAUCCUAGGAGAAUGCACUCGGAGCAUGAGAGUGUGGAGCACGAUAGUAUGCAUAUUGAGAAACACCCUGUAUGGCUGUUGCAAACUUUGUUUAACCUUAUCCUUGCCACGGGUGUGCAAUAAUAUCUAUCUGCGGACUGCAGACACUACACGCUAGCUAGGUAGUGCUAGUUACCUAGCUUGUGCUAACUUGCAUGUGCUAGCUAGGGUGGACAACGCUAGCUACCACACAUGUCUGCUGGAGCCAGACCCUAUUGAACCCAACUCUCGCGUGGCGUAACUUGGUAGGCGCGGUGUGUAGUUGAUCGUCACUACACACCGUGGUCCGCAGGUAGACCCUACUCAGGGUGUGUGUUUAUAACCCACAGGUGCUGGUCGGCUGGAGCUGUGUUCUAGUCUACUAGAGGGAGGAAUCACGCCCAGUAUAGGUGAGAGUGAGACCGCACACCUAGCAUACAUAAACCAACAGCCUGCAUAUGGGUAAACCCAUACAGAUCUCAAUUCAUGUCUAUGGGUGUCUGUCAAUGGAUGGCAUAAAAUAUUGCGUUCAUGUAGCGCUUUUCACUGUCUCAAAGUGCUUUAUGUUGUAUGAAGGUAGUGUUUGCACAUGGUAAUGAAAAGGCUGUAGUAUUGUCUUCAGAAUUCAUUUGAAAAGUUAUGAAAAUUAUCAAUGCUGUGUUGUAACCUCUCUUCCCCCUAUUUCUCCAUCACUUGGUUUGGCCCAGGUCUGCUGCAAGUGGUGAAGCAGUAUGUGCGUAUCCCGGUCUAUACCAUGAUUCGUCCCCGCGGGGGGGAUUUCCUGUACUCUGACUGGGAGGUGGAGGUGAUGAGAAAGGACAUUGAGCUGGUGAAGAGUCAUGGGGCAGAUGGACUGGUGCUGGGAGCUCUGACUGAGGAUGGGAGAAUAGACGCUGAACUCUGUAUGGAAUUGCUAGGUAGGAGUGUGUGCGUGAGUUCAUGCGAUUUAAGUGGGCACAGAAUCUUGGCCCUGCCAUCUGAGGAUCCUGGGAUUUUUGAGCAAGCGUUUGAAAAUCGACAGAAACUGUCAGUGAUGCUGAUUCUCAUUUUAUCCAAUUCAUUCCCUCUCUCUCGCCACCAGCUGUUUCUCGUCCUCUACCUGUUACUUUCCACAGAGGUAAAACACAAAACAGCUUCCUAUGGUUUCAUGACUGAUUGUUUGGUCUGGUCUUGGUGACAUUUAUGUUAAGACAUAGACUGACACAUGAAAGAUAAUUGACCACAACCCUGACCUUUGAUUGCUGUGUUUUAGCCUUUGACAUGGUGCACGACCCCGUGGUUGCCUUGGAGACGCUGGUGUCUUUGGGGUUUGAGCGUGUUCUGACCAGCGGCUGUGACUGUUCAGCUCUGGAGGGACUGCCUCUCAUCAAACGCCUGGUGGAACAGGUGAGAGUCUGGAACAAUGGACAGGGAUCCAAUCCUAAAACGUACUCUUCCUGCCCAGUCCCAAAACAACCCGAAACCCCCUCCACACAGCGUGCAUCUCAAUAGUCUGAAGAGUCCUCCCAUUCACCUUCGGAGAACUAGAUUUCAAAACUAAUUUCACAGCUUAUUCAUCCAACCUAUCAUGUCAGCUGUCUUGCCCCUCUGUCCCCUUACAUGUUUUCUGAUCUGUCCUUUUCUGCUUUUUCACCAAACCUAUCUUUUUAUCCAACAGGCUAAAGGGAGAAUAACCAUUAUGCCUGGUAAGUGCCCUACAUUUUUGUUUAAGUCAAGUGAAUUCCCCUUUUCAGCCGAUCAUCACUGGAUACUGCAUACAAGUCUGCAGUAACAAUGUACCUAAUGUUCUUAUCUUUCUAAUAUGUGUGUGUGACUGUUCUAGGAGGGGGUAUCACAGAGCGGAAUCUCCAGAGGAUUCUAGAAGGUUCUGGGGUUCUGGAGUUCCAUUGUUCUGCUCGCUCCAGUAAGGACUCUGCCAUGAAGUUCAGGUGAGUCCUUGCCACUGUGCUGCAGCUUGCUGUGUGGAGUUUUCAGCCCGUUUACCCAUAAAGCACAUUGUGACAAUGCUUGUAGUUAAAAGUGCUACAUAAAUUAAAUUAGUACUAAUUUAUUAGUUCUGUCUUCUCUCCCCUGCAGAAACUCCUGUGUGAACAUGGGCGCCUCACUGACAGCUCCCGAGUACGGCCUGAAGGUGGCAGACGUGAGCAAAGUCCGCUCUCUGAACGCUAUAGCCAAGAACACCCUGUAGCGACGACAAGCACAUGCACACCUGAACUCCCUGUAUGGCUGCUGGACAGCUGUCCUCAGCCCCUUUGGGUAGCAGGUCCUACUGCUCCUAUUGAGCCUGACCCAAAAAUAGUGCACUAUAUAGGGAAU